UCAGUCCAGAAUUGAAAGGAGUAUAUUCAUGAUGAAGCAUCCUGGACUCCAAAAGCAGUCAGCAUAUAUCCCAGAAGUAAACACUGGCACUGCACCCAUGAACAUCAGGAUAUCUUUCAGUUUCAUUCAAGCUGGAGUCAGUGACUUCAUACUGAAAAAGGAUCUCAGGGAGGAUGAAAAUGAGGAUUGGGAAGAAGAAGAAAAGAUCUUCCUCAAGCCUGUUAUUGAGGACAGAAAUAUGGAACUGGCCCGAAAAUGCAGUGAAUUAAUAAGUGAUGUACACUAUAAAGAAGAGUUUAAAAAAUCUAAAGGGAAGUGCAUAUUUGUACCUGACACCCCGCAGCUAAAACAUGUGAAAAGCCUUGGUGCUUUUAUUUCUGAGGUGAAAUAUAAAGGAGCUGCUAAGAAAGACCUUUCCAACCCUCUCUAUCAGCAGAUGCCAGCCACAAUUGACAGUGUAUUUGCGAAAGAAUUAAUGCACCUUCAGAGCAAGGUUCUCUAUAAACAAAAACAUGAUGCUGAGAAAGGAUUUUCAGACUAUGCGCGUAUGAGGGAGCCUCCAGAUGUUAAACAUGCCAUGGAAGUCAGUAAACACCAGAGUGAUGUAUCUUAUAAGAAGGAUGUGCAAGACACUCAUAGGUACACUGAAGUGCUGAACAGACCAGACAUAAUGAAGGCAACUGAGAUAACAAAGAUAAUAAGUGAUGCAAAGUACAAGAAAGGAAGGGGAGAGCUGAAUAAGGAGUCUGCUGUGCUUGGAAGACCUGAUUUUGAACAUGCUAAAGGAGUUUCAAAACUUUUAAGCCAAGUAAAAUACAAAGAGAAGUUCAGUAAGGAAAUGAAGAGUCACCAUUACAAUCCUCUUGACAGUGCUUCCUUCAAGCAAGCACAGAUUGCAUCCUCCUUGGCAAGUGAUGUGAACUACAAGAAAGAUUUGGAAAGCCUACAUGAUCCAGCAUCUGAUCUACCAAACCUGCUGCAUUUAAACCAUGCUUUAAAUAUCAGCAAAACACAGAGUGAUGUCAAGUACAAAGAAAGUUAUGAAAAAUCUAAAGGCAGAUCAAUGCUGGAGUUUGUGGAUACACCAAUGUAUCAAGUUUCAAAGGAGGCUCAGAAGAUGCAAAGUGAGAAAACGUACCGCAGAGAUUUUGAAGAAGGGAUCAAGGGAAGACCUUCACUGGAUUUAGACAAGACCCCAGAGUUCCUGCAUAUAAAACAAGUCACUAAUCUUUUGAAAGAGAAAGAGUAUCGAAAAGAUUUGGAAGAAGGGAUGAAAGGGAAAGGAAUGACAGUGUUUGAAGAUACACCAGAUUUGAUUAGAGUGAAAAAUGCAGCUCAGAUACUAAAUGAGAGGCAAUACAAGAAAGACUUGGAAACUGAAAUUAAAGGGAAAGGCAUGGAUGUCGGUCCAGAUACACCUGAGAUAAGACGAGCCAAGAAAGCUUCUGAAAUUGCAAGCAUGAAAGAAUACAAGAAAGAUUUGGAGAAUGAAAUUAAAGGAAAGGGAAUGGAAGUGGGUACUGAUACCCUUGAUAUACAACGAGCCAAAAAAGCUUCUGAAAUUUUCAGCCAGAAAAUGUACAAAGAUGAAGCAGAGAAGAUGCUCUGCAACUAUUCUGCUGUCCCAGACACUCCUGAGAUGGAGAGGAUACGAAGUACUCAGAAAAACAUCAGUUCAGUGUUUUAUAAGAAGGAAGUAGGAGCUGGCACAGCUGUAAAAGAUACUCCAGAGAUUGAAAGAGUAAAGAAGAAUCAACAGAAUAUUAGUUCGAUUAAAUACAAGGAGGAAAUUCGGCGUGCAACAACAAUUUCUGAUCCACCUGAACUAAGGAGAGUUAAGGAAAACCAGAAGAAUAUCAGUAAUGUUCAAUACAAAGAACAGCUCUGCAAAGCUACACCCAUGAGUAUCACCCCUGAGAUGGAAAGAGUCAAGAGGAAUCAAGAGAAUGUCAGCAUGGGAAGUUGCUAUCCUUUAAUACUUUGUGUAAUUUUUGGGUGUGGAAGAUGAAUACGAAGUUCUGUAUUCUGAAAUGAUGCCUUCUCUUUAGUCUGGGGGAAAUGAAUGUAUUGUAAUGUGUUCAAAUUCAAGUAAUGGAAUUACUUGAAAAUCUUUUCUUAGGAAACAAUUGUGAGAAGGCUUUGCUUGGUUUGGGAAAUGGCAGGUGAACCAUCACAUAUUCUAUUAAAGAAAUGGCUGCAAUGCUUUGA